GGGCGCUGCGCGGCAACAAAAACUCAUCACGUGAGCCCUUCGACACCAACCACUCAAAACCAGGGACCAGACCCACGUGCAUUCGUGUUUCGGCUGCAAGCGCUGCGGGACCCUCUGACGUUGUGUCUCUGAUCAAUAUUGAAGCUUCAACCUCUGCGCCCCCAACUGGCACCAUCUGGAGCACUUGCACUGCGGCGCAACAGCUUUCUCCAGUCGAAACAGCACCACCAUACCAACCGACUCAAUCUCAACGGUAUCGCCAAAACAUCUCUUUAGAUAAUCGAGUUCAUAUCUAUAUACCACCCACGUCGGAACGGAUAAUUAUACACAACCACCGUCACCAUGUCCAGCCAACCACUCCUCCAAACCGCCCCAAGCAAGCGCAUCGCCCUCCCCACCCGCGUCGAGCCAAAAGUCUUCUUCGCCAACGAGCGCACCUUCCUCUCAUGGCUCAACUUCACUGUCAUCCUCGGCGCCCUCGCCAUCGGCAUGCUCAACUUUGGCGACCGCCCCGCCUUUAUCUCCGCCUUCUUGUUCACCGGCGUGGCGAUGGCGACCAUGAUUUAUGCCCUGAUAACGUACCACUGGCGAGCAAAGUCUAUACGGAUGAGGGGGCAGGCCGGGUUCGACGACAGGUUUGGCCCCACGUUUUUGGCGAUUAUUCUGCUGCUGGCGGUGGUGGUCAACUUUGUGUUGAGGAUCACGUACUCGCAUCAGGAGGGGGAGAAGCCUUGAGUUGGAAGAGGUGGUCUUUUUGGGAUGGAGAGUAAAGGGAAGGAAUUGUGGGGGGUGAGGGGAGGGAACGGUGGUGUUGAGAAGAAGGCUCGGGCCGUACUGGCAUUCGCUCUUGUGGCUUGGGAUCGGUGUAACAACAACGGACUGAUAUCUUACUGGGGCCUGUUGCGUGAAUUUGGACUAGUAUUCGCAUGGCAUUGUAUAGCAUUGCAUUGGCUGCAUGGUAGUUGGGUGUCUUGGUUUAGAUUGUAUAUAAGAGACGCGGCGCAUUUUUUUUCUAUCAACGUUUCAAUUGAUAUAGUUGGAGUUUCCUAGGAGGCCACAAUUUCAUGAGGCCAAU